AAUUCAGUGAAUAUUCCGUAAAAGUAAUCAAACGAACUGGUAAAGAAAACGUGUGGUCUUUGAGGCCUUAAAAAAUUGUUUUAAAAGUUAUUUAACAAUUUUUUAAUAAUCAAAUAGACGUUUAGAAUAAGGGAAAGUGCAAUUGUGUGAUUCUAUUUAAUUAAAAAGUACAAUCAAUUUGGUGUUUGUGGCAUAUUGGGGCGCUAAAGGGAUUUUGCGUCAUAAGAAGCUCUUGUGAUAAACAGCGAAAAAAACAUAAUAAAAUAAUAACGCACAACAAAAAUUAAUUAAAAAACGUGUUGUUGUCCGGAAUAACGUUUUGUUGAAAUUUAUUCAUAAAUCAUAAUAAAACAAGUGUCUAACCCCUCCCAUUCAAACGAUAACAUUCCAAUUUGUUUAGGAGAGGGGUGUCGCAGGCAGAGCGAUAGCAAACUAGUCGUGUUGGUGAGUCAUCCAAGAUAAAAUCGCAGCGCAUACCGCUCAAACAAAAGCAAACCACAAACACAGUAGCUACGAGUGACAGCAGCAACAGUUCCAAGGCCUCGUACAUAUUUCGUGUUGACAAAAAGCAAAACAGCUGAAGGCACUAUAGCCGCGCACUCACAUACAAUACAAUUUACUAGAGUGACGUCAUCACAUUGCGGAUUGGCCACAUUCACACACAAUAUAAGGAUUUUACUAUGAAAACCACUAUCAGUGCAACAACAACCACCAACACAGCUGUCACGGCUAACAGCAGCGCAACGUCGGUUAAUAUCUUACCCAAAACGGAACCAAGCGAUAUCAAUUUAACUUUUCAAACACCAAACGCUGCUGCACCUAAUAGCAAUAACACCAGCGUGAAUUCGAAUAAGCGACCAAUUUCAUUGGAUUUGAAUAAAAUGGCGGCAAAGAAACAACGUUUGGUCCCACCGCUUAGCAUUGAUUCGCCCAAUUUGGAUAACAUGAAAACCAUAAAUACGCCUGACAUUGAGAAAAUGCUACUAAGCAACGUAAUGCCGACACCGCAACCGGGUGUGAUCUUUCCCAGCAAAACGAGUACGGUUACUUCUGAGCAGGAAGCAUAUGCGAAGGGCUUUGAGGAGGCGUUGAGUAACUUGCAUCAAAGCAAAAAGUCGCAGGCGGCACAGAUAACCAACAACACUAGUAGUAAUGUGGUAGCAGCUGCGCCGACAACCACGGCAAGCGUAGUGGGCACAGGCGUUAGUGGCGGCUCUUUCACCUACACUAAUCUAGAAAACUUCCCCGUCGCUAUUAAAGAUGAACCACAAAACCCCGGUUCGCCAGCGGCGCUCAGCCCCAUUGAUAUGGAAACACAAGAGAAAAUCAAGUUAGAGCGCAAACGGCAGCGCAACCGUGUCGCUGCAUCCAAGUGCCGCAAACGCAAACUGGAACGCAUUUCCAAGCUGGAGGAUAAAGUAAAAAUGCUCAAGGGUGAGAACUCCGACCUUGGCGCGAUCGUGAAAACAUUGAAAGAUCAUGUUGCGCAACUGAAAGAACAAGUGAUGGAUCACUUUAACUCCGGUUGCACAAUCUCCAUGUUAACGGAGCAACAAAUGUUGGCAAGCAAAUAACAUGAGGACACCGUUGUGGGCGCGCGAAAAUUAGAACAUAGGCAAAAACCGGAAACGCAACUGCACGAAUUCGAGUCAAAAUCAGGGAGUGGUGGUCUUAUGUUGAAGUGUGAUAACCGUACGAAAAUAUUGGAUUUGAAAAUAAAAAAUGCUGACAAACAACAACAACAUAACAACCAGUUAAAAGUGGCUCGCAACACGCUACAACAGCAGCAAGACGAAACUGAGGCAAA